CAACGAUGGCCUUCCGGUUCAACUGGGGACCGUUUGACCCGACGCUGCUAGCCGAAGCACGGCGCGAGAUGACUGCUGCACUGAACAAGGGCGAUCGUCAUCCAGCCAUUGCCGACGACAUUAUUGUCCACGAGCUGCACCUCGGCACCACUCCCCCAGAGCUCUCUAUUCUCGAAAUCUGCGAGAUUGGCGCGGAUCACUUCCGAGGCAUCUUUGAGCUGGCCUACGCCGGCGACGCACACAUUGUACUGCACACGAAGGCUCAAGCAAACCCAAUCCACCCGACCAAGCCGAGGUCGGCAAUCACAAGACACGGCAUUCUGGCUGCAAACAAGCGGCUGGUGGUCCCCAUGGAGGUCCGCAUCAGCGCGUUUCGAUUGAACGGCGUCUGCGUGCUGGACGUCGGCCUCAAGACGGGCGUCUCGCUCUCGUUCAAGAGCGAUCCCCUCAAAAGCGUCAAGGUCAACACGACAUUCGACGACCAGGCCAACGUCAAGCGGCAGCUGCAAAACAUGAUUGAAGAGCAGCUGCGAAUCCUCGUCAACCACGAUCUGCCCCGGAUGGUCCAUCUUAUUUCCCUCGGCAAGGAGGUGAACGAUACAACAAAGAAACAAGACCCGACCGAAUGGCACCCGGAUACGACACCGUUCGUCACACCUUCGUCAUCUCCACCAAGGAGUAGAGCAACAUCCUUCUCGCUCCAGUCUGUGCUAAGUACCAUGUCGGGCACCGAAGAUCCCGAAAACGAGGUUGCCGAGUUGCUCAAUCCGUCGCGCAAUACCAUCACUGCUCAUUUGGCCACGCUGAGCAACUCGGCGGCGACCAUGUAUCCCUAUUCAACGAGCAGUGCGGACACGGGUGUUGCCCAUCGCUUUACUUCGUCGCGGGGCUCGUCGCUCGGAUCGUCGCCAUUCCUCGGCUCCGAGUUUGACGAGCACGACGUUGCCGCGCCGCCAGCGCAGCAGCCACACGGAGCCAUUGCACCGGACGCGAGUCCGCCGAUGCUGGGUGUGCCGCCACGAGCUCCCGCUACGCCGCCCAAGCCAAGCAGUACCGAUCCCAGCGCGGCGGCGCAUGCUGCUGCGUCGGCCCUGUUGUACAGCCCAGCGCACCGCACAUCCGUGAGCGAUACCAUUGGCGACGUUAUUGCCUCGGCGGUGAGUGGACUGCCGCCACCAACAAGCGCCUCGCUACCGGGAUCUCCGCUUCACAUGCCCAAGAGCUCCGCCGCUGCGGCACUGCCGCGGUCUGCCAGCUCGGAUCCCUUGACGGAUCUGGACUUCCACAGCAGCCCUCUCACGCACGAAACCAGGGCGCCCAGCAUUGUGGAAUCCGAGUACGCCGCGCUGCUCGUCCUGCAGCAGCAAGUGCAGCAACAACAACAGCGGCUCUUGCAACUCCAGCAGCUUCAACACCAACAGCAGCUUGCCAACCAGGAGCAAUUGCUUGGACACCGACAGCAGCUCCUCCUCCCCGUCUCGCAGCCUCGUCAACCCCAGCCCGCAGCCUCGCAGCCUCGCUCCCGAGCCUCGUCGCACUCGUCCAAGACUUCUGCAGCCGCCCCUCCUCCUCCUCCGCCUCAGCCUGUUCGACCAACCCCACGGCAUCUUCACGUGUCGGCCGAGCAGCAACUCCAACACCAGCAAGCGUACAGCAACACGUCGGCUUUCACUCCUCUGCGGCAAGUGCCGGCAUCCUUCGUGUCUCGCUCGUCGACCUCGUCCAGUGCUUCCACUCCACAGCCACCGUCUCUGUCCAACAGUGCAUCGCGCGUUCCAAGAAGUGUCGCAGACUGGCACGUGGACACUGCGCCGGCCGCCGCUGAAGUGACCAUGGUUGGUGGAUUGUCGUACAGCACGACACGCCGGCUCUCGUUCGCCCAUGAAGCCGGGCCAAUCGCUGCGUCGUCCAGCAGCGCGGGCCGUGCUAGCGCAACGACCUCCCAUCGAAGGAGCACCUCCACGGCCUCGCUGCCAGAUCUGGCCGUCAUGGCCGGGGCACCCGCAAACGGCGCAUUACGCAGUCGACGAUCCUCCGGUGCCAUGUCACGCGACGAGGCUGCCGCUGCCUCUGCCACCAAGCACAAAGUUGCGCUCCACGAUGCCAUGCUUAUUUCUCGCGCGAUUCUUUCGCGGCACGACCCAGCUGUCGCACAGCCCGCAUCGCGGCCUUCCUCCACCACGCCCAGUCGCAGCAGCCUGCUUUCGUUCUUUUAAGCCACAUCAACAACAACACACAAAAAAAAUGUACAUCAAUUUUCUUUCUUUCUUCUUCAUGCUUGUUAUGAAUUAAUACAGGUUUCCGCUUUGGGGAUGUAAUCAUUUCUAAUCUGUUAAUCAAUAAACUUUUCCGAAA